CAGCUACGACGCCGUGCCGGUCUCUCCGCUCGUUCGGGAUCUCCGUGCUUCACGAUGGAUCUGUGAGGAUGAACUCGGAGGACGUCUGUGAAAACCCUGCGAGGACCUGAAGAAUCACACACUCGUGCUCGUCAUGGAUCUCUCCUUCAUGGCUGCGCAGCUUCCGGUGAUGAGCGGCGCGUUCAUGGACUCGUCUCCGCUGGACGACUGCAGCGCGGAGCACUCUCUCUUUAACUCGUCGGCCAGCGUGAACGCAGCGGGCCCCGGGUCAUCAGCGCCGGUCCGGCCCGAGGAGCCGCAGCACGUGUCCAGCGACGCCGUCUGGCUCUGGAUCGCCAUCAUCGCCACCAUCGGAAACAUCGUGGUGGUCGGAGUCGUCUACGCUUUCACUUUCUGAGGCUGCGUGAGACUCGGCCGGCUGCUCACGGAAAGAACCGGACCUCCUUAAACAUCUCCUCCAGACGCGGUGCUAGGUGCUAGUCAGUGUUACAAGUGCAGAGAGCGUCAUAUAAAAAUGUUCAUUUUUAUUAUUUUUCUAUUUUAACAAUAGUUGGCAUAAAUAAACAACCCAGGACGUUGGGUGAAAACACUGAACCCCACCAAUCAGAAAAACCAGCAUGAGUUCUGUCCGGUUUUUAGCCAGCGCUGGGUUGCCAAAUAACCUUUUUUUUGAGUGUAGGGAAUACUCUAGUGACCGGCAAGGACAAUAGCAUCCACACACACACACACAC